AUGUUUAAAUAUCUUUGUCAACGACAUAGUGUUAUUACAACAAAUAAACAAAUAAAUCAAUUAUUACUUUUAUCAUUUAAUGAUCUUGAUCAUACAAGUUCAAAUAAUUUAUUUAAAAAUUUUGAAGAAUUAAAUACAGAUAAUUUAUUAUCCUAUAGACAAAUUUCAUAUGAUACUAUAUUAAUAUCAGUUCAAAGUAAUAAUACAGUACCAUUGUCAGUUAAUAGUUUAUUCGAUCUUUUAUUUUCUUGUCAUGGUCUCGAUUUAACAUCAUCAUUACAAAUUCAAAUAAUAUAUGUAAUAUGA